AUGGCAAAUAAGCUUAUUCUCAUCAGUGUUCUCUUGGUCAUCAUAGCCGCUGCAUCUGCCUACAGAACCACAAUCACUACUGUGGAGAUCGACGAACCCAAUCCCAGCUCCCAGGCUUGCCGCCGGGAGGUUGAAAGGAAGGACUUGAGCUCCUGCGAGGACUGCGUAGGACAGUCAAGGAGAUCCCCAGUCUUGGCGCUGCGAAGAUCAGAAAACCAGCAGGAGCAGGUCCCUAGGCAAUGUUGCAACCAAAUAAAGCAGUUGCGAGAUGAUUGCGAGUGUGAGGGAAUAAAGUCUGUACUCCAGAAGCAGCUGGAGCAGGGGCAAGUAGGAAGAGAAGAAUAUAAGCAGGCGAUGUGGCUUGCGUCAGCGCUGCCAAAUCCAAGCAGCCUGGUACUAAUGCACGCCGGCCGGUUACCAUUCCGAUGUGCAGAUAAAUAA